CUCUUUAUGUAAUGAAAAUUAGAGGGUGAUGACACCUCCUUAUCUUGUGUUUGUUAGCCUUCUUUUUCUUGUCCAUUGUCUCAUCAUUUAGCUCCCACUUAAAUACUUUCAUUUUCCAUCAAAACCCCAAAAUCCCACCAAAGAAAAGUUAAAGAAGAAACAGAACAGUCUCAUCUUGCAAACUGUUUCUUCUCCAUUGGUGGGAAACUUGUGAUUUUUUGUUUUUUUUGUUUUUCCAUCUCUUUUGCUUUAACCCUUUUUUGGGUAUUCUUGAAACAGCAGAGGAAUUGAUUGAGCUGCUGCAGCUAGCUGCAUGCUUCACUUGGAUUGAAAAAGAUUUGAUCUUUAUUUGGAGCUCUGUUUUUCUCUCUGCAAAAAUGAAAUCUUUGCAGUGUUGAUGUCUGCUUCUGUUUGUACUGAUCUGCACCAGCCCAUGGUAGGGAUAUACACAGACUGGAAUCCUUGUCCCCUAAUGUGAAUAGACCAUUUUGCCCCUCCCCCAAAAUUCCCUUCAAAAAAUGACCAAAUCCAUUUUUUCCCUCCAAAUCCUAACUGUUUUCUUGAUCUCAUUAUCCCAUUUCAAGCCAUCCCAAUGCCUAAGAUCAGAGGUGGAAGCCUUGCUAGAAUUCAAGAAACACAUAAUUGAUCCCUUAAACCACUUGGAAUCAUGGAAAGAUUCAGAUUCCCCUUGUAGAUUCUAUGGAAUCCAUUGUGAUCAAGAAAUGGUCACUGGGAUCUCUCUAGACAAUCUAUCCCUCUCAGGGCAGAUAUCGCCGUCGCUCUCCGCCUUGAACGGCCUCGUUUCCCUCGCCCUCACGUCUCACUCGCUAACGGGGCCUCUCCCGGCCGACCUGAGCAAGUGCUCAAACCUCAAAGUCCUAAAUGUCUCUGGUAACUACUUGAGUGGAAGUGUUCCUGAUCUCUCAAUGCUGACGAACUUGGAAGUGCUCGACUUGUCGCUUAACUCGUUCACAGGGCCGUUCCCGGGCUGGGUCGGGAGCCUGACCGGCUUAGUUUCGUUAGGCCUUGGUAUGAACAGCUACGACGAGGGCGAGAUUCCUCACAGCAUUGGCAAGUUGAAGAAGUUGCAAUGGCUCUACUUGGCUAACUCGAGCUUGAGGGGCGAGAUACCCGAGUCCAUCUUCGAGUUGGAGGCGUUAGGCACGUUGGAUAUAUGCAUCAACAAGAUCACAGGGAGGUUUCCGGCUUCCAUCGCCAAGAUGAGGAAGUUGUUCAAGAUUGAGCUGUACUCGAACAACCUCACAGGCGAAAUCCCAGCCGGGCUAGCUAAUCUGACCGAUCUCGAGGAGUUUGAUGUGUCGAACAACCAAAUGCACGGUGUGAUUCCAAAGGAGAUUGGGAGUUUGAAGAAACUAACUGUGUUCCAGUUGUUCAAGAACAACUUCUCAGGGGAGAUUCCAUCUGGUUUCGGAGAAAUGCAGCAUCUCAAGGCGUUCUCCAUCUAUAAAAACGCGUUCACAGGCGUUUUCCCUCAGAAUCUAGGGCGAUUUUCGCCUUUGAACAGCAUAGACAUAUCGGAGAACAGAUUCUCCGGUCCGUUUCCUAAGUACUUAUGCCAGAACAAGAAUCUUCAAUACUUGCUUGCGUUGGAGAACGAUUUCUCAGGGGCGUUUCCGGAUAGUUAUGGUGAUUGUAUCCCUCUGCAGAGGCUGAGGGUCAGCCAGAACCGGCUCAACGGGUCCAUUGCAGACGGGGUUUGGGGGCUUCCGAACGUGCAAGUCAUGGAUUUUAGUGAUAACAGCUUCACCGGGGGAGUGUCACCGGACAUUGGGGCAUCGUUGCAGCUGACAGAGCUAAUGCUGUCAAAUAACAGAUUCUCGGGCGAGCUGCCUCGCGAGCUCGGUGAUCUUGCCUUAAUGGAGCGUAUCUACUUGAACAAUAACAACUUCUCUGGUGGUAUACCUUCACAGCUCGGGGCGUGGAAGCAGAUCACGUCGUUGCAUUUGGAAGGGAACGCCUUAUCCGGAUCCGUCCCUGCAGAGUUGGCUAACUGCACAAGACUGGUGGACUUGAAUCUUGCUUCAAACCAGCUGAGUGGUGGGAUUCCGAGGAGCUUCUCGAACAUGGCCUCGUUGAACUCGUUGAACCUCUCGAGAAACGAGCUGACAGGGCCGAUCCCAAAGGACUUUGACAGGCUGAGGUUCUCAUCCGUGGAUCUGUCGGAUAACCGGUUGUCAGGGAGUGUGCCCCGCUAUUUCGUGAUGGUGGCCGGUGACAAGGCACUCGCUGGGAACGACGGCCUCUGCUUAGACGACGACGAGGAGGAGGGGAAGAAGAGGAAAUUCAACGACUCUGCCUUGCCUCUCUGUGUUCAUCAGAGAAAUGGACACAAGAGCUUGAUUAAGAGCAAGUUAGCGAUGUUAAGCAUCAUCCUCGUCACCCUCGUUGUCUUCCUCGUCGGGCUGCUGUUCGUGAGCUAUAGGAAUUUCAAGAAAGGCGAGGCAGACGGGGGGAUGGGAGACGAGAAGGGCGUGCUGCCUUGGAAGCUCGAGAGCUUCCAACAAGUGGAGUUUGAUGUGGAUGACAUAUAUGAUGUGGAUGAGGACAACUUGAUCGGGAGCGGGAGCACCGGGAAGGUGUAUCGCCUCGACUUGAGCAAGGGCUGCGGAACCGUUGCUGUGAAGCAGCUGUGGAGGGGCAAUGGGGUGAAGCUCAUGGCUGCAGAGAUGGAGAUUCUUGGAAAGAUUAGGCAUAGGAAUAUAGUCAAAUUGUAUGCUUGUUUGAUGAAGGAAGGCUCGAAUUUCUUGGUUUUCGAGUACAUGUCGAACGGGAACUUGUUCCAGGCCCUGCACCGAGAGAUCAAGGCCGGGAAGCCCGAGCUGGACUGGUAUCAACGCUACAAGAUCGCGGUCGGGGCUGCAAAAGGCAUCGCCUACUUGCACCACGACUGCAGCCCGCCUAUCGUCCACAGAGACAUCAAGUCGACUAACAUACUUCUCGAUGAGGACUACGAGGCCAAAAUCGCUGAUUUUGGCGUCGCGAAGGUGGCUGACCAGUCCUCUCCGAAGGGGUCCGAGUGGAGCAGCUUUGCCGGGACCCACGGCUACUUUGCUCCGGAGAUGGCCUAUUCCCUCAAGGUGACGGAGAAGAGCGACGUGUAUAGCUUCGGUGUCGUGCUGAUGGAGCUCGUGACGGGGAGGAGGCCGGUGGAGGAGGAGUUCGGGGACGGGAAGGACUUGGUGUAUUGGGUUUCGACUCAUCUCGGCAGCAGGGAGGCUGUGGUCAAGGUUCUUGACUCGAAGGCGGUGCCUGAGCUCGUUCAGGACGACGCGAUCAAGGUGCUGAAGAUCGCGACGUUGUGCACGACGAAGCUACCGAAUCUGCGGCCGAGCAUGAAGGAGGUGAUCAAGAUGCUUGUGGAUGCUGAGCCUGGGGCUGGCUUGAGGUCUCCAGAUAGUGUGGGGAGGAAUGAAAAAGGGGUGUGUUUAGACCAUUUUGGAGAUGGUUUUCUCGUUUUCAUUGACUACGCGCUCCCUCUCUCUGUCUCUCCAGUUGCAGACUCGGUCUUGGUCCUCACUCCUCUCCCUCAACCGCGUAAUUCCCUUUGUCUCCUUCCCUCCUCUCCAAUCCCCUUAAAACCCAAUAAAAAUCCAGUCUUUACAAUAUUCAAGAAUCUUGGCGUCUCUCUCUCCAACCAUGAGAAAGCCUUCUCCAUGGCCAUGAACGCUUCCCUCCUCGCCCUCCUCCUCAUUUCCCUCCUCCCCUUCUCCAAUUCCCUCUCCACCGUCGCCAUUUCCGAAACCAACAGCCAAACCCUCGUCUGCGCCCUGAUCAAAUCGCAUAAAAAUUCAAUCUUUUCCCUCAAUUGCACCCUCUUCCCUCAGAGAACUCCGCUCCUCCUCAGCCCCGCGCCGCCUUCCAUCACCGCGAUCGCCGCCGGAGACGGCUUCGUCUGCGCCCUGAGCUCCUCCCGCCCCGCCAACAAAUCCCUCAUCUUCUGCUGGAGAUUCUCCGACGCCGCCGUUCCCAUGGACCGCAAGCGAAUCUACAAUGGCCCCUUGCUGACCGAUUUGACCUCCUCGAGCUCCCGCAUUUGCGGCAUCCACGCCGGCGCCGGCGCCGGCGCCGGCGCCGAGUGCUGGCCGAUGAGAGGCGGCGUAGAUACCGGCAGCAGUGCCGGAGUCUUCGCUUCGAGCAUCGCGGCGGGGGAGGAUUUUUUAUGUGGUUUGUCGAAUUCCCAAGAGAUCUCGUGCUCCGGUGGUGAUCGGAGUGUCAUCGGGGAUCGGCCUAUCGGGAAAUUCCGCGUUGUCGGGGCCGGUUUUCGUGGCGCGUGUGGGGUUAGAACGAAUGGGAGCUUGGAAUGCUGGGGUGGGAAUUUGGCGGGAGAGGCGCCUCGGGAGGGAUUUAAAUCGGUUGCGAUUGGGGAGGAUCGCGUCUGCGCGAUUGGGGCGAAAAGAGCGAAAAGAGCGGACGGCUUGGUUGUUUGUUGGGGGAGAGGGGAGUUUAGUCUGCCUGAGUCUUUGAGGGGUGAGGAAUUUGUGGCCAUUCAAGGGAGGAGAGACAUUUUUUGUGGUGUUUUGAAGUCUAACAAUAGCUUGGUGUGUUGGGGUGAUGAGGCUCUUGAUAGUGAUUCAUUUGUGUUUGGUGGUGUGGUGCCAUUGCCUUGUAGGGUUAAGGAGGAGUGUGUUUGUGGUUCUUGGCCUGGUUAUGGUGACUAUUGUGUGGAUGAAGGGCUGAUGAUGUGUCAGCCUUGUGGUCUAGAGCUACCGGGGGCGGUGGGGCCCACACCGGUUCCUCCGCCGUCUGGUGGUGGCAAGAAAUGGACUAGGAGAAUGGUGGCCUUUAUGGUGGUUGGGUGUGUUGGGACUUUGUCAUCAUUGGUGGCCUUGUGUGUGUUCUUGUUUUUGCGGUAUAUCAAGAUUAGGGGAAGUCGGAUCCACGACUCUGGUCGUCUGGAAGAGGGCGAGGGGGAGGGCGAACCCGGCUCGCCUCAACUAGUGAGGCGGCCGGCUUUGGAGAAGAAGCUUAGCCACUUGAUCAGCACGGGGAAUGGAGGCCAUUUGGAGGAGUUCUCUCUUGGAGUUUUACUCAUGGCUACCGAUAAUUUCUCGGAGGAGCUCAAGAUCGGGAGCGGAAGCUUUGGAUCGGUCUAUCGUGCCACGUUGGAGGACGGACGCCUCGUGGCGGUCAAGAGGGCCGAGUCCUCGGUGUCUUCCUCGUACGCAAUGGCCAGCAAACGGGGGCAGGAGGAUAGGGACAUUGCGUUCGUGAAUGAGCUCGAGUUCUUGUCCCGCCUCAACCACAAGAACCUCGUGAAAUUGUUGGGCUACUGCGAAGAAUCGGGCGAGCUCGUGCUCGUAUACGAGUACCUAGACAACGGAACCCUAUCCGAUCAUCUCCACAAGUUCGACAAGUCCUCGCUCAUGUCGUGGCCCGUUCGGAUCAAAGUGGCUCUCGACGCGGCUCGAGGGAUCGAAUACCUGCACGAGUACGCCGUGCCAAUCAUCAUCCACCGUGACAUCAAGCCGUCCAACAUAUUGCUGGAUUCCAGAGGAGGCGCCAAGGUGUCCGACUUCGGCCUCUCGCUGUGGGGCCCGGACGAGGACGAGUCCCACCUGUCGCAACGGGCCGCAGGGACGAUGGGCUACAUGGACCCCGAAUACUACAGGCUUCAGCUCCUGACAACCAAGAGCGAUGUCUAUAGUUUCGGGGUCGUGUUGUUGGAGUUGAUCUCGGGUUGCAAGGCGAUCCACAAGAACGAGUUUGGCAUGCCUAGGAACGUCGUGGACUACGUCGUCCCUUACAUAAUACAAGACGACAUCCAUCGGGUCUUGGACCCGAGGGUGGCGCCUCCAUCUCCGUUCGAGAUUGAGGCGGUGAGGUACGUCGGGUACUUGGCCGCCGAUUGCGUCAUGCUAGAGGGCCGGUAUCGGCCGACGAUGAGCGAAGUUGUAAAUAGCUUGGAUCGGGCAUUGGAGGCAUGUUUGGCGCCGCAAGUGUUGUCUAGAUCAGCUAGUAUCACAUCAACGUAAAUUUUUUGGUGAAAUAUUCUUUCUUGUGUAAACUUAGUCUGAAUCAAAUUCAUACAAGAAUUGGUACAUAUAUUUGUAGAAUCCAAUAAAGAUACAAAUUCAGAUUUU